AUUGCAGCGAUCCGAAGCUCCGGAUUAGUUAGUCGUUCUUCGUCUCCACCUCUAUUCUCUACUCUCUGAGUUAAGAGUUCUACCUUAUACAACCUCGCCAUUUUCACAUUUCUUCUUUUCUUUUUUAUUCUCUUAAUUGUGCCAUGGUUGGUAUCUUUGUCGUCUUUAAAUCUGGCCAUGAUUCUAAUAUCUUAAUGUUACUGUGAUCAACCUCUUAUCCCCAAUAAUCAACAAAAGACGACGACCAAAACCCCGCGCAAUCCGCAGUCCGUCUUAGUUGCCACCAUGACUCUCAUCAAUGUACGCGACCUACUCUCUUUCCCGCAGGGCGACAAUGCUACCGAUACAGUCAUCAAUAAUAUCCAUUUUAACCUCACCACCCUAAACUUUUGGAACUAUACCUACUAUUCCAAUGGCACUUUGUCCAAUGGCUCGUGGUGUUUCCUGGUCGACAAUCCCUACACUCCGGUCAGCGUCCUAAGCAAUGGCACUUUUCUCAACAGUACUUGGUGCUAUGUAGCCAUCCAACCUAUUGGCGACCGAGCGCGCGCUGGUAUUGGUUUCGCCGUGGCUUUUGCGCUAUCAUUGAUAUUCAUAUUUGUCAACUUGAAGAAGCACGGCGAGUUGCAUUUGCCCGCCGAGAAGAGGUUUUAUCCCAUAGGAAGACGGUGGCAAUGGUACUGGGGAAUUUUCGUCUGUGCUGCGGCCCUCAUCGGACUUUUUACCGGAAUCGAUGUUGACCGAUACCGCGUCGUGGAACUCCCUCUUGUCCUUAACGUCUUCUUUUGGUUUCUCUUGCAGAUGGGUGUAAUGGCCCUCGUCUGGGAAAGUGUACGACAUUGGGGUAGCUGGAUGGAGCGCCAGUUUAUCGAUCCAAAUCCCUUUGUCCUGCACCAAACCGAUAAAAGGGGCAUGUUCGAGCUUUGGCUGCCAAUUUGGUUUUACUUUUGGUUAUGGUUGAACUUCUUCCUCGUUAUCCCACGAAAUUGGGGCGCGAUUGAGCUUCAAAGAUCCCCUGACCAGACGGUAGAAAACGCCAUACCAGCCGCCACAGAUGGGCGCUUUAAGGCGGGAACAUUUUGCCUUUUCGUGUGCUGGUGUACUAUUGUCGUCUCUCUUUGGCAUUCUAUCCUCCACUACGAACCUCGCAAUCGCGGAUUAUUCAACCGCAUCAUCGGGUUCUUGGGAUACAUGCCAUUCCGAUUCACAUUGAUGCUACCCCUUUCGUUAGCGGUCGUUGGGUAUCAGGGUCUGUGUGCUUGGGAUUUUGCCUUAUCGCCUCUCAAUGCAAAGACCAACCUACUUGCCAUGUAUCUCGGAGGAUAUGCGCCUACUUUUCUCAUUCUCCUCAUCCAAAUUAUCGCUGGAUUCUUACGUCCGAACGAGGACCGUGAGCUCCAGCGUCAGCGACGCGACCGAGGGCAAGCUCUAGACCAGGAACUUGGACUUGUUCGAAAGCCAGCUUGGUGGCGCCGUGCCAACGGAGAUCUUCCACCAGGUAGCAUGCGAGACCGCAUCAUGCGGAAUGUACGGGAGGUUGGAGGUGGACGACCAACGGCGAGAAACAUUGAAACUCUUGCGGAGCAGAGGGCGGCGGAGGCUGAAAGUGAGGCGCCAGGCAGAAAUAAUAGCGUCAUCGAGAUGAACGAGAUACAACGCACAAAUAGCAUUCGUAGCAACGUGCCGAGGUCAACACCUGCGCCGCCACCGUACACUCCUUAUGGAGGCAAGUCAGGCCAGCGGAGGUCUGAGCGCACCAUGGAGGUGGCAGCUGACCUUUUGUUCCCGAGCGCAAACACGGGCGCCUCUACAAACAGGGGCAGAAACACAGAGGCAAACAGCGAUCAGCCUCGGCGACCAGGUACGAGUGAGAGGAGCUCGAGUACUGUUAGUGGCAUGUCUACGAGUGGCAAUCCACAACAGAUAAGAAGCAUGUUAGAUGUAUAGUUUGGGAGGCAUUAGAUUCGGAAUCGGAAUCGGAAGCAUGAUAUACACGGUCGGUCUUUACUCAGGGUUUAUGAUGACUGAAUGCGGCGUUUUGAACUGGGUACCUGGGCGGUCAAGAAGCCAUCAGGAAAAUUGGUCAUUGGUUAGGUGUCUUUGGAAAGGAAAGGCCUUAAGCAAGGGACUAUCCAGAUUAUGUGCAAGGGACUUUUAUGUCUUUGCUUAACGAAUUCUUCACUUGGAUAAACAUAUAUUAAGAUAUUUUAAUACCAUAUAAAUAGCCGUCGAGCGCA